AUGAACUUCCUCACCUUCCUCACUGCUCUUUUCGUCUUCGUCCACACCGCCGUGGCUCUUGCUGUCCCCACUGCCGUCACUGACACCACCAUCGCCGACUUCAACGCCACCCUCGAGGCCUAUGGCACUCUCGAAGAGAGGCAAUUCAACGCCUUUGUCGUCUGCGAAACCACCAGCGGUUCCCCCUACACUAAGGACGUCCUCGCCGCCGCCAACACCCUCGCGAACAAAGCCUCCAUCUGCAAGCAGACCAACCUCUCUGGGUCCAAAUGCACCCAGAUGACCGACCACAGAAGCGCGGCAAUGGCGAUCUGUGGGCCUGUUGCGUCUCAAGUCCACUGCAUGACUGCUGGAAGGGUUGGCCGCGCUGUUGCUGACCAGUGCAACCGGGACGGCCUGGCUGGUGGAUAUGGGCAAUACCAGUGGGGCAGAAUUGUCGUCUACGUACCUUAA